AUGGCCACAUUCAAAGCUUUCUCAACACUCUUGAAGAUAACCAGCGAGGCAACAUGUUGCUGUCCUCCGUGUCGAAAGAUCUCUUCGCGCUUUCCCGUGCUGGCACUGAGGGGUGCGGCUGUGAGCAACGAAGUGCUGGCCACGACGGCCGCAUUAGAGACUCUGCAGAGAGGCGGAAACGCGGCCGACGCCUCUGUAGCAAUGGCUGCUGUCUUCCAAGUGCUUCAGCCGUACGCUGGUGGAGUCGGCGGCGACUGCUUUUGCCUCUUCUACGACGCCUCUAAGAAGAAGGUGCAUUGCAUCGAUGGCAGCGGAAGGAGUCCGGCAGCGCUGACACUGGAGCUUCUGCUGUCCAAGGGCUUCGGCACCAGCGUCGAAGCUCGAUCGAAGGGCCUCCUAGCCACAGUUCCAGGAGCUGUCAAGUGUUGGUUCGACACAAUCCGGGCUUUCGGAAGUGGAAAGUUAAACAUGGCCGAGAUUUUGCAACCAGCGAUUCAUUUCGCCGAAGAAGGUUUCCCAAUAGGUGUCAUCAGUUCUCUCGAGUGGGGACGGCGCCGUUCAAUUCUUACCAAAAUUCACGGAGGAAAGACCUUUCUGAAGGAUGGCAAGUUCACGCCUAACCCGGGAGACAUUUUGAAGAACAUUCCCAUGGCUGGACUGUUAAAGAAAAUAGCAAAAGAGGGACCUAGCGUCGUUUACACGGGUCCCGUAGCUCAGAGCAUAGUAGAGGCGGUGGCGGCUGCUGGAGGGGUCAUGACCACCGAAGACCUCGGAGAUCACUUGCUUGAACCAUCGGCCGUGCCACCGAUCUCUACGACGUACCGAGGCACGACAGUGCACACCGUGCCACUACCGAGUCAGGGCGCCAUCUUGUUGGAGGCCCUAAACAUCAUCGAAGGUUUUGAUUUGCACAGUGUAAGAGAAAAGCCCGGAGACGUACAGCACCUGCUUGUCGAAGCCCUAAGGUUGGCCUACGCUGAUGGGUUGUCUUGCGUGUCCGACCCGGCGACGGGCUCAAUCACAGAAAUGAUAAGCAAGGAGCACGGGAGGCACAGACAAGAUCUUAUUCACCUCGACAGGAGGCACCAAGCACCCAGAGAUGUGCCGACGAUGAAGCAAACGGGGACCGUGUUCACCGCGACGGCAGACGUUACAGGAAACACCUGCGCUUUCAUCAGCAGUAACUCUCUCUACUUCGGGACAACCAUUGUCGAGAAGUAUGGUUUUUCAGUUCAGAGCCGAGGCCUGGGAUUCAACGCGCGACCCGGACAUCCAAAUUGCGCGGGACCUCGUAAGAAGCCAUUUCACUCGCUCAUGCCGCUCAUUGUCACGGAUACCAACUCCGGAGAGUGGAUGAGCGUCAUGGGGACUAUGGGAGGAACCGCACAGCCACAAAUUCUUCUUCAGGUGCUCUUGAACCAACUGGAGUUCGGUCUAGACCCGCAGGGAGCGAUCGAAGAACCUCGGGUGCAGUUUGGUGGUAUUGCGGAAGUCCAUCCAAACGAUCCCCUUAACAUCGAGGAAGAAGCCGGUGACGAAGUGAUACAGGGACUAACUGCGAAGGGACACGUCAUGGACAAAAUUCUGAGAGGCCUCGACAAGUUCCAGGCAGGCCAUAUUCACUCCAUUACGCGGGGAGACUGGUGGCGACACAGGACGUCGGAUACGCAGCUCCGCCAGAGCGACUUGGGAGUGCUCUGGUGCGGCGCGGACAGUCGAUGUAACGGAAUCGCCAUGGGCUAUUGA